AUCAAGCUUGCUCUUUUUGCAAAGCCAAAGUUACGAUUUUUCUCCGUAAAGAUCUUUACUUUUGAAUUUGUUUGCGUCUUCCUCUCUGCUCCAAUCAUCUAAUGAGUAAGAAUAACAAGAAGAAGAAGAAGAAGAAAAUAUCGGAUUUGAAGAACGGAGGGAUACUAUUGGAGGAGCUAAUCGCUUCGUUCGACGGCAAGACCAAUCCGAUUCGUUGCUUCUCCUCUGAUGAGAUCUUUAAAGCUACUGACAAUUUCUCCGAGAGCCAAGUAAUCUCCAGUUGGGGAUAUUUCAUUUGGUACAGAGGCGUAAUCGAAGAGAGACCAGUUUCAAUCAAGAAAUGGUCGAGUCAAAACCUCUCAAACUUCACAGAAGCGUAUCGAGAUAUCUCUGUGUCCUCUCAGAUGAGUGGACACAAGAACACCCUAAAGCUUAUAGGUUGUUGUUUGGAGUUUGAUCUUCCAGCUCUAGUCUGUGAGUACGCUGAACACGGACCGCUUAGUAAAGACGGAGGAAUCUCAAGUGGAGAGGUUUUGCCAUGGAAUGUGAGAUUGAAGAUUGCUAAAGAGAUUGCUACUUCUGUGACUUACCUCCACACGGCGUUUCCAGAGACUAUAAUCCAUCGGAAUAUUAAUCCGACGAACAUUUUUAUUGAUGAGAAUUGGACGGCGAAGCUUUCUGAUUUCUGGUUCUGUGUUGCAAUACCAGAGGGAGAGUUAUAUGUGGAAGAUGAAGUGAAAGGUGUGACUGGUUUUGUUGAUCCGGAUUAUUACUGGACUAUGAAAGUUACUGAGAAAGUUGAUAUUUAUAGCUUUGGUGUUGUGAUGUUGGUUUUGUUGUCUGGAAGAGCUGCUGUGUUUAAUGGACCUGGUGAGACUCCUAUGUCUCUUAACGAUCAUGUGUCUGAGGUAAUGGAGAGGAAUGGGUUUGAUGAGAUUGUUGAUAAAGAGAUAUGGAAUAGUUUGGGUGGUGGUGGUGAUGAUUUGGUUGUGAGACGGUUACAGGUUGAAGCUUUUCUUAGGUUAGCUUUGAGGUGUGUGAGAUACAAGAAAGAAGAUCCAGUGAGUGUGCCUCGGAACCAAAGCUCUUUGUGCAAUGGUGUUCUUGUGUCGCUGUCUUCUCGGUGCAAUGUCUCGGAACCAAAGCCCUUUGUGCAAUGUCUCGGAACCAAGACAGUCAUCCCAAAACCACGUUAGGGUGCCGGCUUCAGCAAGGUCUUGGCUAAAUUUUUUGGGAUGGGCGACCAUCAUGGUAAACCCUCUCUCCUUCAAGCCUUUGAUCGUGCUGGCAAAAUCACCGUCCCCCGUGAUAGCUAGCAUAUUGCCCGGGGGCUGUAUAUCAAACCCAUAGAACAUCAUCUCUUGUAGUAAGAGAGAAUCGGCUUCAUCGCGUUUUCGAACUCUACCAUCUGAAAAGAAUAUCAUAUAAAGACUUUUGAGUAAA